GAACGAGACGUCGGCGCGCCUCUUCGACGCGUAGGGGGCAGAUCAGUAGGUUACUUAAUGGAGGAUAGGUUCGAUUCCUAACAGCGCUACUUGGUAGUCUUCGCUAUUUGGCUCAUCUGGGGCUAAGGCGUGUGCAUGUAUGUAUUUCGUAUCUACAGGCAGCAUAAAUAACGGGCACCUUGGUAGCCUAAUGUUUUAUGCAGUGCAUAAUAUAUAGGGAGGAUGUAUGCCUACAGGUGAUCUCCUGCUUUUCCUUCACCGAUAAUCUGGAAAACUCGAACGAGAUAAAAGUCGGUGCUGUCUCGCAGUUCCAACUCGGUCGAUAUUCGUUCGUUCCCAUCUCCUACUAGCCACCGCGCGAUCGCAUUUCUCUCCUCCGAAAAAAUGCCUCCCAAACGUCGCUCGUCUGGCUCUGGCUCUUCUGAGCAGAAGAAGGCAAAGACCCCCGAGGACGAACCGCCCAGGAGCGAGCGAUGGGCCGCCGUCUCAGGCUCGGCCAACGCUGACGCCGACUACAAGACGACCUGGAAGAAUCCCGACAGGUGGUACUCCUUUGUAACCAUCUGCCCCCUAGAUGACGACGACGACGACGAGAGUGACACCGACAACGGAGAUCGCAAGGAUCCGGGACGGACAAAGUGCGGUGAAGGGAACUGCUUCUGCUUAAAGCCCGUAGCGGAGAACCCCGAUCACCCUUGGAUCAUCAGCCAGGCCGGGUACCGCAAACACAGCACCCUGUCCAUCUUGAUGUCACUGCGCAACCCUGACAACUUUGACAUGUACACCUUCAACGACCAUUGCGGCUAUGGCGCUCUCGAGGUGGUGCAAAACGUGUUGCUCGACUACGUCGAAGCCGCCGGUCGAGGAUGGAGAGAGCAAUGGGCCGUUUGCGAGGGCCUCGCGCUUUGGCUGAUCUGUUCCGGCAGCAACUUUCUCACGACUGUUGGCGAUAGCGAAUAUGUCAACGAAACGUUCCGCCUCAUCGGCCGCAUGUUUCUCAACAUGUUGGCCGAGCUGGAUAAGAAAAGUCUAUUGGGUGACGCUACCGACGUCAAGAGCAUCGGUACGACCAUGGCGAUGUACCUCGAGAUCAUGGCAAACGCGCGCGCAAGCGGUGCCCUCGAAGAGGUCAAGAAGAAUACCAGCACAAAGUUCAACCCCGGCCGCUCGGACGACGCUAUCCUGACUUAUGCCAACCAACGCGGUGUCACGCUGCAGGGCCCUCGAGACGUCGACGAGCUCACGGCGGGUCUCAACGGGGACAUCGAGCUGCCGUCAGCGGGCGCGGGAGAUCUAUGGGGCUGGAAGGCGGGGCUAAAGAGAUACGAGACGAAAUACGCCAAGGUAACAGUGUACGUGUCCAAGAAGAACGGUGUCCGCAUUGGCGGCGACGCCCUAGAUAUCACAACAUGGACCAGCGCAAAGCGCAAAGCGGCCAACUUCGAUAAGAAAGACCCGCUAGGUAAACGGGAGAUGGACGCGAUUAAGAACGGGUUGGUCAUACAGCUUGGGUGAUAAGCCAAGCUGCAAGUUAUAUUGAGGGACCCCGGCCGACUUGGGGUGUGCCGGCGAUGGGCUGGGAGGCGGGGACGGGCAGCAGAUAUUAGUGUUCGAGGGUGUUAGCAAGCGGGGCUUAUCUAGAAGGCAGCGCCGGAGUAAUACAGCUAGACAAUAAUUCCACGUCGGGCAUCGCGAUCCCCGUCUUACUA